AUGUCUUUCCUCAACAAAAUAACCAAAGAGUUCGACGACCUCAAGUCCACCUUUAGCAAAGGCGAUGGAACAAAGGAGCAGAUGCACGAAGAGACACACUAUGGCCAAUCCUCUCAGCAUGGCGAACAGGCUCAGCAAUAUGGGCAGUCAUCUUACGGACAGGGCCCACACUACGGCGGAGCACCAGCACCAGGGCUUACCAAUGUGGAUUCCUCACUGCCACCUGGCUGGAUCAAGCAAUGGGACUCGACCAGCCAACGAUGGUACUUCGUCCAACAGGCAACUGGUCGAACGCAAUGGGAGCCACCUGUCCUUAUAGCCCAGAGUUAUGGUGAGCAAAAUACUUACCCAUCAACCGGAGGCCACUACGAACAACAUCACGACUCCACAAUGAAGGCCAAAGGGCACAGUACAAUGGGUGCAGCAGCAGGUGGUCUAGCCGGGGACGAUUCCGACUCCGACCAUGAGCAUGGAGCAGGUCAUUAUGCACCGCAGCUAUCGGGCUGUAAUCAACAGCCGAUGCAACAGCAACCUUAUCAAGCAGGCGACCCGUCUCUACCUUCCCAAGAAGAUGAGCUACCAGACGAAACUCGAUCCGGCUCCUCGGUCUCUGGUAGCGAUAAAGAGGAUGUCGAGGAGGCUAGAGAAGAAUAUCGCGAGGCGCUGGAGGAGGGUGAUGAUUCAGAUAUCGAGGAGGCCAGAGAGGAGUACGAGGAGGAGUUUGAGGAGACUUAUAAUGACUAA